AUGCUGGUGCUUCGUUUCGCACUGCUUCUUUUCCUCCAUGCGGAGGGCUGGAAAUGGAUGAACAACAUCAAGGCUCCCUCCUUUAGCAGAAUGCAGAAGGGCUCCAAGUUUGGAGACAAGAAGCUGGUGGUCAUCACCGGAACAUCCUCUGGCCUGGGCAAGGCUGCGACCAAGGCUCUUCUGAGGGCCAAUGAGUACCACGUCAUCGGAGCCGUGCGGGAUUUGGAGAAGAUGAAGAUCGUGGCGGAGUUGGAAGGAUUCGACAUGGACCGCUUCACGCCAAUGCACUUGGACCUCGCGAGCUUCGAGUCCGUGAAGACGUUUGCGGAGAACCUGGACAAGUUCCGUGGCGACCGGCCUAUUGACAGGCUUGUUUGCAAUGCAGCCGUCUAUCAGCCCACCCUCGCAUAUCCCAAAUGGACUGUCGAUGGGCAUGAGCAGCAGCUGCAGAUCAACUACCUGAGCCAGUUUUUGCUCACGUCCAAGGUCAUGCCCAUGAUGACCGACUCCAGCGAUGCCCGUGUGGUGAUGAUCGGAUCGGUGACUGGCAACGACAAUACUGUGGGAGGCGGCGGAGUCUACCCGAUUGCAGACUUGAAGGAGUUGGACGGCCUGGAGCUGGGAUGCAAGAAGCCCAUCGCCAUGAUGGAUGGCUACAACUUCAACGGUGCCAAGAUGUACAAGGACACGAAGCUUGCCUUGAUGAUGACCUCCAACAUGCUUCACGAACGCUUUCAUCGCUCGACCGGCAUUGCCUUCAGCUCCAUCUACCCAGGCUGCAUUGCAGAGUCCCCUCUGUUCAGAGAGAAGAGGCCUUGGUUCCGCAAGUACUUCCCCAUCUUCAUGAAGUACAUCACCGGGGGCUUCGUGGGCGAAGAGGAGGCCGGGACCCGGCUCUUCCAGGUCCUCCACGACCCCAAGUGCACCAAGUCGGGGGUCUACUGGUCCUGGAAUGGUGGGCCACGCGAGGGCCGGGGCCUUGAGGCCAUGGAGAAGGGUGGCCAGAUUGUUGGAGCGGGAGGCGCAGGAGGUGGCUGGGAGUCGAUCUACGAGAACGACCAAAGCGACAAGGUUUUGAACAAAGACUUGGUGCAGAAGCUUUGGCAAACCACCAACGAGGUCACAGGAGCUCAGUGGCCAAAAGCCUAUCAGGCCAAGUCCCCCUGCCCGACUCUCAAGGUGGUUGGCGCUGCCACGUCCCUCCUUGGCAUUUUGGAGGAGAACGCUCGCAUGAAGGCCUCCCGUGAAGGUGAAGGUGCCAAGAUCGUGGCGAAUAAGACGCUCCCAAAGGCGGAGCGACGAAGGCACCUGGAGAGGAUGCUCCAAGCCCUGGACAAGACUCCCAGGGACCCCGAAGAGCUGGAGCGGGACCUGCUGCGAACCUCAGGGCUCGUCCCCCAAGAUGUCCUUGAUGGUGACCAGGAGCACUCGGAGCCUUCCUUGGAGGCUGUGGUGCCCGAGCUCGAUGACGUCGAUGACGUGGAUCACGUGGAUGAUGUGGAUGAUGUCUACGUCGAGCCUGCGGAGCCUCCGAAGAUGCUUCCCGGCCAUGAGAAGCUCGGUGACACCCCCGUGGUCUUCCAACCUCAGAAUGUGAUGACGAUGGCGCGGGCUGGCCAGCCUUUGAGCGAAGUGGCAUCUCAGGCUGACGUCUUCAUCCGCUACAAGUGCAAGAAGGGUCAGUGUAAGACCUGUGCCGUGAACAUCGACGGCAAGUGGGUCUCGGCCUGCCAAACCAAGGUUCCUCCCCAGGAGCCAGGGAAGAGCUUUGACGUCCGUGUUCGCCCGGUCUCGGAUGCCCACAAAACACAGGAGAAGGCCGCCUUUUUUACACCCAAGUCCUUUGCUGACGGUGUUGUCAACAACGGUCUGGGUGUGGUUGGCUUCGUUAAGGAGGCCUUUGGCGCCGACCCCGACUUCAAGGUUCGCAUGGAGAGGGAGAGGCUGGUCGAAGAGCUCCUGGCCCAGAAGAGGUCGAAGGAGAUGAUCAAGACGGUCAAGAGCGUCAAGAGCGUCAAGAGCUCGAAGCUGCGAGGCCCAUCAAGCCCCUCAAGCAGGAUCAGCUCAAGCUCUGAAAGCUCUACUUCUAAAACCGUCACGGAUGAGCACGGGCGCGAGUUUGUCCUUCCAGGCCUUGCCAUGACCGCAGCCUUCAUGUUUGCAGUGAUUCAAAACUAUCCGGUGCUCGACUGA